AAGCGUUUGAAUGCUCUUGGAAUUCUCCGCAAAAAAAGAAAAUAAUUUUAUUUUAAUUAAUUUUUAAAAGUACUUUGCAACAUGAUGCCGAUUUCGCUAAGGAGUAGGCCGAUAAUGAAACGUAGGAUGAGUAUAAGUGGAGCUAGGCCUUUGCCUAACCAUGCCAUAGAGAAAAUCAAGCAGCGCAAUUUUCCUGAAAAUCUCGAUCUGAGUAACCGUAGUACCGAUGAUGGACUAAGACGUCCAAUGGGUGAUAUGUACGGCUGGAAUGGAAACAAUUCUGGUGGACAAUUGGGUUUGAGUCGCAAUGCUCCUCCACCGCCGCAGAAUCUCGAUUGGAGUUCCUCCGGUCCCAGACGCAAUCUCUCUCCCGUUGGCAUGUAUGAUCGCAAUUUGUCCACCAACAUGAUGGGCUAUGGAAACUUUGAGAAUCAACGGCCCAGAGGUCGUGAAUCCAAUGAGUUUAUUCCAAACUCGUAUGCAGGAAGUCGUGAGCCGAGCGUUUUAUUCCGAAUGAUAACUUUUCACAACCAAUGGGUUUUCGAAACAUUCAGGAAGCAAUAUUUCGCAACAAACCGUUGAUGGGUAAUCAACAUUCCAUGAAUAUGAGCCGUGAGCCACCUUCGAGAUUUGAUAAUCAUCGUGAGUUUACCAAUGAACAUUUUGGUACCGAAGGACAGCCGUUGGAAUAUCGCAGAGUUGAGCCAAUUCCCAGGACUCAAGAGUUGUUGUCUAAGGUUUUUACAAUUGCGGGAUUUAAGAUGCCCUAUGUGAGUGAUGUGGUGGGCAAGCUUCCCCAAAAGAAAUCAAAGUCCUAUGCAGUGCGGUUCUUCAAGAGGUCACCCGACUAUGUCAUUCGCUCGAAGAAAUCCAAGGAUGUGCCCAUCAUUCAGCACUUAUACUCAUCCUCUUAAGAUUCAUAAAUAUAUUAAUUCUAUAUUAUUUGAACUAUUAAUACACCCAACAGCUU